CGACCAGGAAGCAUCUGCCCCACCACGUGGGCCGAAGUCGGAGGGGGAGAAACGGCCGGGCGGACACGAUGGGCGGCCUGGAGAAAAAGAAGUACGAGAGAGGUUCCGCCACCAAUUAUAUCACCAGAAAUAAAGCUCGGAAGAAACUGCAGCUCAGCCUUCCAGACUUCAGGCGACUCUGUAUCCUCAAAGGGAUUUAUCCCCAUGAGCCCAAACACAAGAAGAAGGUGAACAAGGGUUCAACAGCUGCCCGGACGUUCUACCUUUUGAAAGACAUAAAGUUUCUUCUCCAUGAACCCAUUGUCAACAAAUUCCGGGACUACAAGGUGUUUGUCCGCAAAUUGCGUAAAGCCUACGGGAAGAGCGAAUGGAACACAGUACAGCGCCUGAAAGACAACAAGCCAACUUACAAGUUGGACCACAUCAUCAAAGAGAGAUACCCAACCUUCGUGGACGCCCUGCGGGAUUUAGACGAUGCCCUCUCCAUGUGCGUUCUCUUUUCUACCUUCCCACGCACCGGCAAGUGCCACGUCCAAACCAUCCAGCUGUGUCGUCGGCUGACCGUGGAGUUCCUUAACUACGUUGUCGCCUCGCGCAGUCUUCGUAAGGUCUUUCUCUCCAUUAAGGGCAUCUAUUACCAGGCUGAGGUGCUGGGCCAGCUUAUCACCUGGAUAACACCCUACGCCUUUUCCCACAACCACCCGACCGAUGUGGAUUAUAGAGUCAUGGCUACUUUCACCGAAUUCUACACCACCCUCCUUGGCUUUGUCAAUGUUCGCCUCUACCAGACACUCAACUUACACUAUCCCCCAAAGAUCGAAGGCCAUUCCUCAGCAGAGAGCAAGCCAGAGGAGGGAGAACCUUACGCCUUGGACUCCGAGAGCACCUUGGAGAAACUGUCAGCUCUCAGCACCAGCCUGGCUCGAGUCGCUGCCCCCAACAUAGAAGACGAAGCUGAAGUGGAUGAGUUUCCCGUGGAAGGAGAGACUGCAGAACAAGAGGAGUCCAGGAGGAAGGAGGAAGAGGACUUGGAGAAACAGAAGAAGCUCUUUGAAGGGCUGCAGUUCUUUCUCAACAGGGAGGUGCCUCGCGAACCCUUAGCUUUUGUCAUCAGGUGCUUUGGGGGCAAAGUGUCCUGGGACACGUCUCUCUGCAUUGGCGCCACCUACGAUGUUACGGAUCCACGCAUCACCCACCAGAUAGUUGACCGUCCAAAUGUAGAGAUGCAAGUGGUUGGAAGAUAUUACCUGCAGCCUCAGUGGGUCUUCGACUCGGUCAACGCCAAGAUGUGCCUCCCAGUGGCUGACUACUUCCCUGGCGUAAUGCUGCCUCCUCAUCUCUCCCCAUUUGUCUCUGAGAAGGAAGGCGACUACAUGCCCCCAGAGAAGCUGAAAUUGUUGGCCUUGCAAAGGGGUGAAGAACCAGUAGUAAAAGAUAGUGAAGAGGACGAGGAAGAGGAGAGCGGCGGAGAGGUUGAAGGUGCAACUGAAGGCUCGGAGGAGGAGGAGGAGGAGGAAGAGGAUUCUGACAAGGAAGAUGAAGGGAAACUACGCAAGAUGGAAGCACAGCGAUCUCAGAACAAGAGUCUCCCCGUGAAGGUGACACCUGGCCAGGUGGUGAAGGAGGAUAAGGAACGGCUGAUGCAGGAGCAGCAGAGCGAGGAAAAGCGUUUGGCCAUCAUGAUGAUGAAGAAGCGAGAGAAAUACCUCUACCAAAAAAUAAUGUUUGGGAAGAAGCGCAAAAUUAGAGAGGCAAACAAACUGGCAGAGAAACGAAAAACUCACGAUGCGGCAGUAAAAUCAGAAAAGAAGAGAAGCAAGAAAGCACGACGGGAAUAGAAGAGCCCGUCUCGUUUGGGGCUAACAUUUCAUAAUGCAGCCCCAGAAAGUGGACCU